CAAACUUCUUGUUGCAUACAUGCGCCAUUCAACGAACAACCAACGCAAUCCAACGCAUGGAAAGUGUGCAACGCUGGAAUUGUUGUUUCACCAUCCAUGUAGCUACUUUAUGAACUAUAAUCAGAACAAGACGGCAUUUCAGUUGAAAUUACAGAACUAACAGCCCGACUAACAGUAAAUCGUUUUUUGAAGCCCGUUGAGUUGAAGCAGACCGCGCGUUGCAAGGAUGGCGGAUGUAACUGCGCGUAGCCUGCAAUAUGAAUACAAAGCGAAUUCCAACUUGGUCUUGCAAGCAGACAGAUCUCUCAUCGAUCGAACGCGGCGUGAUGAACCCACAGGAGAAGUGCUCUCUCUGGUGGGGAAACUCGAAGGUACCAAAAUGGGAGACAAGUCUCAGAGGACCAAGCCUCAGAUGUUGGAAGAGAGAAGGGCAAAGAGACGGAAAAGGGAUGAGGACAGGCAUGACAUUAACAAGAUGAAGGGCUUCACACUGCUGUCGGAGGGCAUUGAUGAAAUGGUGGGCAUUGUGUACAAGCCCAAGACCAAGGAGACAAGGGAGACAUAUGAGGUUCUUCUCAGCUUCAUCCAGGCAGCUCUUGGUGACCAGCCACGGGACAUUCUGUGUGGAGCAGCAGAUGAGGUUUUGGCAGUGCUGAAGAAUGAGAAGAUGAGAGACAAGGAGCGUCGGCGUGAAGUGGAACAACUUCUGGGCCCAGCAGAUGACACACGUUACCAUGUGCUAGUCAAUCUAGGGAAGAAGAUAACAGACUACGGCGGUGACAAAGAGCUUCAGAACAUGGAUGACAACAUUGACGAAACGUAUGGUGUGAACGUGCAAUUUGAAUCUGAUGAGGAGGAGGGCGACGAGGACCAGUUUGGGGAGGUUCGUGAUGAAGGUUCCGAUGAAGACAGCGAGGGUGUGGAGGCAGAUGUGGGCUGCACUCUCACUGCCAAUCUUGGUGCUACAGGUGAUGUGAUGACAACCAAGAAGAAGGACCUGCACCCCCGUGACAUUGACGCUUUCUGGUUGCAGCGGCAGCUCAGCCGUUUUUAUGAUGAUGCCAUUGUUUCCCAGAAGAAAGCUGAUGAGGUGUUGGAGAUCCUCAAGACUGCCAGUGAUGACAGGGAGUGUGAGAAUCAGCUGGUCCUCCUGCUGGGGUUCAACACCUUUGACUUCAUAAAGAUCCUUCGCCAGCACCGACGCAUGAUCCUAUACUGUACAAUGUUGGCAAGUGCCCAGAGUGAAUCUGAGAAGGAGAGAAUCAUAGGAAAGAUGGAAGCCGAUCAGGACUUGUCCAAAGUUCUCUAUCAGCUGCAGGAGACUGAGAAGGAAGACAUCAUUCGGGAGGAGCGAUCUCGCAGGGAGAGGGUCAGGAAGUCACGUGUGGACAAUGAUCUGGAGACUAUGGACCUAGACCACGGAGAGUCCCUGGCUCCUCGGCAGCUGCUGGAUUUGGAAGACCUUGCUUUUACUCAGGGCAGCCACUUCAUGGCUAAUAAGCGCUGUCAGCUCCCCGAUGGCUCCUUUCGCAAGCAGCGCAAAGGCUAUGAGGAGGUACAUGUGCCUGCUCUGAAGCCCAAGCCAUUUGCAGAGGAUGAGGUGCUGGUGGCCAUUGAGAAGAUGCCAAAAUAUGCACAAGCUGCAUUUGAGGGAUUCAAAACACUGAAUCGCAUUCAGAGCAAACUGUUCAAAACCGCCAUGGAAACAGAUGAGAACCUUUUAGUGUGUGCUCCUACGGGGGCAGGAAAGACCAACGUUGCACUGAUGGCCAUGCUGCGGGAGAUUGGAAAGCACAUUAAUCUGGAUGGUACCAUAAACGUGGAUGACUUCAAGAUCAUCUAUGUGGCUCCCAUGCGUUCACUUGUACAAGAGAUGGUGGGAAGUUUCAGCAAGCGUUUGGCUAGUUAUGGCAUCACUGUGGCAGAGCUGACAGGAGAUCACCAGCUGUGUAAGGAAGAGAUCAAUGCCACCCAGGUCAUUGUCUGCACUCCUGAGAAAUGGGAUAUCAUCACACGCAAGGGUGGGGAGCGCACUUACACCCAGCUAGUCCGCCUCAUCAUCAUCGAUGAGAUUCACCUUCUGCAUGAUGACCGAGGACCGGUUCUCGAAUCUUUGGUGGCCCGGACCAUCCGUAAUGUGGAGCUCACUCAGGAGGACGUGCGCUUGCUGGGCCUGAGCGCCACACUGCCCAAUUAUGAGGAUGUAGCAGCUUGCCUGCGAGUGGACCCUGCCCGCGGCCUCUUCUACUUUGACAACAGUUUUCGCCCGGUGCCCCUGGAGCAGACGUACGUGGGCAUCACUGAAAAGAAGGCCAUCAAACGCUUCCAGAUCAUGAAUGAAAUCGUUUAUGAGAAGAUCAUGGAGCAUGCUGGCAAGAACCAGGUUCUGGUAUUUGUUCACUCCAGGAAGGAGACGGGAAAGACUGCUCGAGCAAUUCGUGACAUGUGUCUUGAGAAGGACACUCUGGGUCUGUUCCUCAGGGAAGGGUCGGCCUCAACAGAAGUCCUGAGGACUGAGGCAGAACAGUGCAAGAACCUUGAGCUGAAAGACCUGCUGCCCUAUGGUUUUGCCAUUCAUCAUGCUGGAAUGACACGAGUUGACCGAACCCUGGUAGAGGACCUCUUUGCUGACCGCCACAUACAGGUGUUGGUGUCAACAGCCACUCUUGCCUGGGGUGUGAACCUUCCAGCACACACGGUCAUCAUCAAAGGCACACAAGUGUACAGUCCAGAGAAGGGACGCUGGACAGAGCUUGGUGCUCUGGACAUAUUACAGAUGCUGGGUAGAGCAGGGCGCCCUCAGUAUGACACCAAGGGCGAGGGAAUCCUGAUUACAUCUCACGGAGAACUGCAGUACUACCUGUCCUUGCUUAACCAGCAGCUGCCCAUUGAAAGCCAGAUGGUGGGCAAACUGCCUGACAUGCUUAAUGCUGAGAUUGUGUUGGGCAAUGUGCAGAAUGCUAAGGAUGCAGUGAACUGGCUGGGCUACACUUACCUGUAUGUCCGCAUGCUGCGCAAUCCCACCCUGUAUGGUGUUCCUCAUGAUGAACGUGCUUCUGACCCCUUGCUGGAGAGGCGUAGGCUGGACCUGGUCCACACAGCUGCCAGUGUGCUUGACAAGAACAGCCUCAUCAAGUAUGACAAAAGGACAGGCAGCUUCCAGGUGACCGAUCUUGGAAGGAUCGCAAGUCACUUCUACAUCACACACGACUCAAUACAGACCUACAACCAGCUGCUGAAGCCCACACUGAGUGAAAUCGAGCUCUUCCGUGUCUUCUCUCUGUCCUCUGAGUUUAGGAACAUCACUGUCCGUGAGGAGGAGAAGCUGGAGCUGCAGAAACUGUUGGAAAGGGUUCCAAUUCCUGUGAAGGAAAGCAUUGAGGAGCCCAGUGCCAAGAUCAAUGUGCUGCUCCAGGCCUACAUCUCUCAGCUGAAGCUGGAGGGCUUUGCACUGAUGGCUGACAUGGUCUAUGUCACACAGAGUGCCGGGCGUCUCAUGAGGGCCAUAUUCGAGAUUGUGCUGAGCAGAGGCUGGGCCCAGCUGACUGACAAGACUAUGAACCUCUGCAAGAUGAUUGACAAGAGGAUGUGGCAGUCCAUGUCUCCCCUCCGUCAGUUCCGGAAACUUCCAGAGGAAGUCAUCAAGAAAAUUGAGAAGAAGAAUUUCCCCUUUGAGCGUCUCUAUGACCUGAAUCAUAAUGAAAUUGGUGAAUUGAUCCGCAUGCCAAAGAUGGGGAAGACAAUCCACAAGUACGUUCACCAGUUUCCUAAACUGGAUCUAGCAGUUCAUCUGCAGCCCAUCACUCGCUCCACACUGAAAGUGGAGCUCACCAUUACACCAGACUUCCAGUGGGAUGACAAGGUGCAUGGAUCCUCUGAGGCCUUCUGGAUCUUAGUUGAAGAUGUGGACAGUGAAGUCAUUCUCCACCAUGAAUACUUUCUGCUCAAGUCAAAAUACGCCCAAGAUGAGCACCUGGUCACCUUCUUUGUGCCCGUGUUUGAGCCACUGCCCCCACAGUACUUCAUCCGUGUUGCAUCUGAUCGCUGGCUCUCCUGUGAGACCCAGCUGCCUGUGUCAUUCCGUCACCUGAUCCUGCCAGAGAAGUAUCCGCCACCCACUGAGCUUCUGGACCUGCAGCCCCUGCCUGUCUCAGCCCUGCGAAACUCUGCCUUUGAAAGUCUGUACCAGGACAAGUUCCCCUUCUUCAACCCCAUCCAAACACAGGUGUUCAACGCAGUGUACAACAGUGAUGACAACGUUUUUGUUGGGGCGCCCACGGGCAGUGGGAAGACCAUUUGUGCUGAGUUUGCCAUCCUUAGGAUGCUUCUACACAAUGCUGAGGGUCGCUGUGUCUACAUCACCCCAAUGGAUGCACUGGCUGAGCAGGUGUUUGUGGACUGGCACCAGAAGUUCCAGAAUGCUCUGAAUAAGAAGGUUGUCUUGCUGACGGGAGAGACCAGCACUGACCUGAAACUGCUGGGCAAGGGUGACAUCAUAGUUAGCACCCCUGACAAAUGGGACAUCCUGUCCCGGCGCUGGAAACAGAGAAAGAAUGUUCAGAACGUCAGCCUCUUCAUUGUGGAUGAGACGCAUCUCAUUGGGGGAGAGAAUGGGCCUGUGCUGGAAGUGAUAUGCUCGAGGAUGAGGUACAUCUCCUCACAGAUCGAGCGGCCCAUCCGCAUAGUAGCACUCAGCUCCUCCCUUUCGAACGCCAAAGAUGUCGCUCAUUGGCUGGGCUGCAGCACCACUGCCACCUUUAACUUCCACCCCAAUGUGCGCCCUGUGCCCCUGGAGAUGCACAUCCAGGGAUUCAAUGUGAGCCACACUCAGACUCGAUUGUUGUCGAUGGCCAAGCCCGUGUAUCAUGCCAUCAUGAAGCAUUCGCCCUCCAAACCAGCCGUGGUGUUUGUACCAUCUCGCAGACAGACGCGGCUCACUGCCAUCGAUAUCCUCACUUUCUGUGCUGCUGAUGUUGUCCCUCAGAGGUUCCUGCACUGCACUGAGAAGGACCUGGCUCCCUUCCUGGAGAAAGUGACUGACACCACUCUGAAGGAGACUCUGACUAAUGGUGUUGGAUACCUGCACGAGGGUUUGUCUGCCACUGAGCGAAGAAUCGUGGAGCAGCUCUUCAACUCUGGUGCAGUGCAAGUGGUGGUGGCAUCACGUUCACUCUGCUGGGGCACCAAUAUUUCUGCACAUCUGGUUGUUGUCAUGGAUACACAGUACUACAAUGGAAAGAUCCAUGCGUAUGUGGACUACCCCAUUUACGAUGUACUGCAGAUGGUGGGGAAGGCCAGUCGCCCCCUCCAGGAUGAUGAAGGACGCUGUGUCAUCAUGUGUCAGGGCUCCAAGAAGGAUUUCUUUAAGAAGUUCCUAUACGAGCCCCUGCCGGUGGAAUCCCACCUGGACCACUGCUUGCAUGACCACUUCAAUGCAGAGAUUGUGACCAAGACAGUGGAGAAUAAACAAGAUGCAGUAGACUACCUGACCUGGACAUUCUUGUACCGUCGCAUGACCCAGAACCCCAACUACUACAACCUACAAGGUAUGUCUCACCGGCACCUGUCUGACCACCUGUCAGAACUGGUGGAGAACACGCUGCAUGACCUGGAGCAGUCCAAAUGCAUCAGCAUUGAAGACGAGAUGGACGUGGCACCGCUUAACCUGGGCAUGAUCGCUGCAUACUAUUACAUCAACUACACUACCAUCGAGUUGUUCAGUAUGUCCUUGAAUGCCAAGACUAAGAUCCGUGGGUUGAUUGAGAUUAUCUCCAAUGCUGCUGAAUACAAGAACAUUCCUAUCAGACACCAUGAGGACACGCUGCUCCGGCAGCUGGCCCAGAAAGUGCCCCACAAACUCAACAACCCCAAAUUCAAUGACCCGCACGUGAAGACAAACCUGCUGCUACAGGCCCACUUGUCCAGAAUGCAGCUGAGCGCUGAGCUGCAGUCUGACACCGAGGAGAUACUCAGCAAGGCAGUUCGUCUGAUCCAAGCCUGUGUAGAUGUGCUGUCCAGCAAUGGCUGGCUGAGCCCAGCCCUUGCAGCUAUGGAGCUGGCCCAGAUGGUCACCCAAGCUAUGUGGUCCAAGGACUCCUACCUCAAGCAGCUGCCCUAUUUCACCUCCGAGCACAUCAAACGCUGCACUGACAAGGGAGUGGAGAGUAUCUUUGACAUCAUGGAAAUGGAGGAUGAGGAGCGUACUGCACUGCUGCAGCUCUCUGACGCACAGAUGGCUGAUGUGGCACGCUUCUGCAACCGCUACCCAAAUAUUGAGCUGUCCUAUGAGGUGGCAGAGAAGGAAAACAUUAAGAGUGGAGGUCCAGUUCUGGUUCUGGUGCAGCUGGAGAGAGAAGAGGAGGUGACCGGGCCUGUCAUCGCCCCCCUGUUCCCACAGAAACGUGAGGAGGGCUGGUGGGUGGUGAUUGGUGACCCCAAGUCCAACAGCCUGAUAUCCAUCAAGAGGCUCACACUGCAGCAGAAAGCAAAGGUGAAGUUGGACUUUGUGGCACCAGCUCAGGGUGUACACAACUACACGCUGUACUUCAUGAGUGAUGCAUACAUGGGCUGUGAUCAGGAGUACAAGUUCAGCGUGGAUGUGAAGGAAGCUGACAGUGAGGGUGACAGCGACUCUGACUGAGCUAACAUUGGGUGGGAAUUCUGGACUCAGCCAUUUAAGUCUAGAAUGUCUCCAUCCAUGGGGCUUCUAUUUCCACUCUAUUUUUGUGACCAUGUGUUCACUGGUAAAUAUCAACCCGUGAUCUAAACAUGAAUACCCAAAUCUCAGUGUAUUGUGUUCAUAGUUUGGGUAGUUAAAUGUGAUAAUAUGGCUUUUGUUUGUUCUGAACAAAAACAUGUAAAAAGCAAAAAGCAAAGCAUAAAAAGCAAACUAUUUUGGAGAAAUAAGCAAUUGUCAAGUUAGUUUUAAUGUGUAGUGAAAGGUUUAAUACUGAUUUGAA